UUUUGUUUGUGUGUAAAAAUGAUUAUACUUUAGGGCUAUGUUUAGAUCAUUUAUCGCGGUAAUAAAAUAAAUAUUAUUUUCAUCACCUUAGGACAGAGUAAAAUGAACGCUACGAGUCUUUACGUGUCAACAUGUCGGUUGGUUUUACAAGCGGAUGCUGAAGAUCCUAAUUCUUGGACAGACUUGUAUAGGCUAGUUCCGUAUUUGCGGCAGAGCUUGAGUUGUACUGUGUGUUCGAAUUUGUUGAUCGAGCCGCAUACACCGACUGAAACAAACUGUCAACAUCAUGUGUGUCGUGGUUGUAGAGGUGGUCGUAAAAAACUCAAACCAUCGUGUAGUUGGUGCAAGGAUUAUGAUAAAUAUGUUGAAAACGUCCAACUCCGGAUAUUGUUACAGUGUUAUAAAAAAUUAUGUGAAUACUUGACUAGCACUAAUAUUUAUCGGAGUUUAAUGCUCUCCGUGUCUUCCAAUACAACAAGCAAUGGUCCAUCAGCUAUCGGUGCUACCAGUCUUAUGGAGCUCAUACAAGAAGGAACCGGUUUUAAAGAUGAAUUCAAAAGUACUGCAGGUUUAUCUAAAUCAGCAUAUAGUAUUUUACCUUGUGUUUAUACCAGUACUACCUCUACUCAAACACAAGGGAAUACUAUGUCAACUUCUGAGUCUAUGUCACCAAACAUACCUGAGUCUCCUACUAUCCGUACUGUUUCUAAUGGAUCUUCUAUAUAUUCGGUGAUGUACGCUGGGUCUGGUAACAAAAUAACAAUUAAACGUAAAGCGGCAGCCACAGAAGAAAUAGAAGUCGGACAGCAGGAAUUGGAUGGAACUCAACAAGGCUCUGUAGGAGGGGUAAAAUGCAUUCCAUCUACCCAACUUAAAUAUGGGCCCCCUUCUCAGAAAAAAUCUUCAAAGGGCAGCAAAUCGUCGGGCAGUUUUAAAAAGCCAAGAUCGAGUUCUACCAGAAGCAAAAGAAAAGGAUGCAGAUGCGGUAAUGCUACAGCUAUACCUGGAAAAUUAACGUGUUGCGGUCAAAGAUGUCCAUGUUAUGUUGAAAGUAAACCAUGCAUCGAAUGCAGAUGUAGAGGUUGUAGAAAUCCUCAUACAGCUGAUGGUUUAAAGAUCCGCCCGCAUAUACCGGAGCUUCAUAAUCUACAAUUACAACUAUCAACUCCUUUAGAUUGUGACGAAUUAAAUUCGGAUCCUUUAGGAUCUGUGUCGCAAUGCUUAUCGACGUCUCCUACAACUAUUCAAGUAUUAAAUGUCUAUUCUACUCCAAGACUCGAUAUUGAUAAUGUUCCACCAAAUUUACCUGCAGCAUUAUUGGUAGGAGAAGACGCUAUAGUUAGUACUGAAAGUGAAGCCGAAGACAGUGAUAUACAAAUUGAUGUGUGACAAAGUGUUUAAACUGAAAUUAUGCGCUAUACAUGACAAGAUUAAUAGUUAAGCGAAUAGUACAUUAGAAUUGACUUCAAUUAAAUAGCUUAAGACGAUAUGAUAGUCGUUAAGCUAUUUUAUCUGUACAAUAAAUAACAAUUUUUUUUUUAUUUCUGAUUCUCAUAAAUCCUUUCGCUACGAUGGAAUUAAUUAUUGCUAUGCUAUUGUUAAAUGAGACAAAACAUUGAUAUUUAUAUUGAUUAUGAUUGAUAUCCAUAGUAACGAAAGGGUAAAUCAUUUGAGGCCCAAGUAGAAUGAUCAUUAGGGUCAUAAGUCAUUUUUUUGACCCACCCUAAUGAUCAUGCUCUUCAAAUUUCUUGUCAGAAAGUACUACAUUAUU